AUGGAUCCCCCACCAAGCUACAGCACCUUCGCGUGCAUCGGCACGGGAUUCUCAGGCAUCUGCCUAGGCGCGACCCUCGAGCGCUGGCACGCCCUCCUCAGCACCACCCCCGUCACCACCCCACUCCCCAACCGCCCCGACAACCCCCCCAACAAAACUCCCCCCACCACCACCCCCUCCUCCUCCCAACCCCACUCCCUAACCCUCUUCUCCCUCGACCCCACCCUCGGCGGCACCUGGACGACUAACCGCUACCCGAGCGCAGCCUGCGACGUGCCCAGCGCGCUGUACUCGUUCUCCUUCGCGUCCAACCCGCGCUGGUCGCGCGUGCUGCCCCCCGCGGGCGAGCUGCAGGCCUACCUGGGGCGGGUUGCGGACAGCUAUGGGGUGCGGGAGCGGAUGGUGUUUGGGGUGGAGGUCUAUCGGUGUGCGUGGGUGGAGGAGAGGGGAGUUUGGCGGUUGUGGGGGAGGGGGGUAGAGGGUGGGGGGGAGUUUGUGCAUGAGUGUCGGUUUUUGUUUUCGGGGGCGGGGCAUUUUGGACGGCCGAGGAAGUUGGGUGUGGAAGGGGUGGAGAGGUUUAGGGGGGAGGUGUUUCACUCGGCGAGGUGGAAGGAGGGGGUGGAUUUGAGUGGGAAGAGGGUGGUGGUGUUUGGGAAUGGGUGUACGGCGGCGCAGAUCGUGCCGGCGAUUGUGGGGCAGACGAGACAUCUGACGCAGGUGGUGAGGUCGAAGCAUUGGGUGUAUCCGCCGAUUGAUAAGCGCAUGCCCAAGGCGGCGAGGGUGUUGUUGGGGCUGGUGCCCGGGUUGGCGACGGCGCAGCGGUUUUUGGUCUAUGCUCUUGCGGAGAUCGACUGGAAGGGGUUCAAGUUGACCGAGGCGGGGGCGAGAUUUAGGAAGAACAAGAGGAGGGAGGUGGAAAAGUAUAUGCGGGAGACGGCGCCGGAGAAGUACCACGAUAUUCUCAUCCCGGACUUCGAGAUUGGAUGCAAGCGGCGGAUCUUUGACACCAACUACCUCGCGUCUCUCCACGCCGAGAACCUCACCCUGACAAACGAGGGGGUGGCCGAGAUCCUGGCCAACGGGAUACGCAUGCAGAGUGGGGAGAUCAUCGAGGCCGAUGUUAUCAUCAUGGCCAAUGGUUUUGCCACUGGCCAAUACCUCAAGGGCGUCGAGGUUAUUGGCCGGGGCGGUGAAACGCUCGAGGAGCAUUGGGAAUCGUUCGGCGGGCCCGAGGCCUACAACUGCACCGCUGUUAGCGGCUUCCCGAAUAUGUUCUUCCUUCUUGGCCCCAACACCGCUACCGGACACACCUCAGCCAUCAUGGCCAUCGAAAACGCGGUCAACUACUCGUUGCGUGUCCUCCAACCUGUCCUCGAAGGUCAUGCUGCUGUGGCUUGCCUCAAGCGGUCUGCCGAAGAGGAUUGGACGAACCGCCUGCAGAGCUCUCUGAAGGACACGGUCUGGACUGGGUGCAACAACUGGUAUACUCGCGGGCCGAAAGGCACGGCGUGGAAUGCCAUGACAUACCCGUGGAGUCAAGCACGAUGCUGGUAUGAGAGUCUGUUCCCGGUGUGGGAGGACUGGGAAUUCACGAUGCAGCCCGUCCCAGCUCUGCGCCCUCGACAGUUGCACGUACAGGCUCAUGAAGCUGGGUCGAGUCGCUGUGCCGCCAAAGUGGACGCCUUUGAGGUUGACGAGGACGUCCGAGAAUUGUUUUCCCUGGCUCUUCUGAUCUGUCAUGGCGAAGGCCGGCGUACAAAGAGGUCCUGUUCUAUGGGUAACCCGCCGAAAACCCGGCUUGCCCCUUCAUCUGGUUUCCUUGCCCCGCAUUUGGCUCGGGAUGGCGACCGUCUUGCUCUUGAUCAAGAUGGUGCCGUUAGGGAGCCCGGGAAUAGCGAGGCCCGCGCUAUCGUCCAAUUCGAGGAAGACGGCCACCGGCGGUCCAAGGUGGAGAGUCACGUCGCUGGCGAGCGCAAUGGUGCUGGCAGCGAGGUCGGGGAAGAUGUCGACGGCCUUGGAAGGUGCCCCGUUGACGACCUUCAGCCCAAUAAACUGGUUGCGAGUCACCACGACCGGCAUCCCCUGCGCGUAGAAGAACAGGCCCGGGGUUGGCAGCUGCGAGUCGUCUCCGCGGCGGAGCACGUCGCCCAGCUCUUCGACGCGCAGCCGCUUCCCCGAUUCGGUGUCAUGCUUGGCUACAAAGAUGGAGAUGUGUUUGCCGUGGGCACGGGCCCACUGGACGACGGCUGCCAUGUUCAGGUCCCACCGGUCUUGGUUCAGGGGCGUGAUGGCUCUCAGACCGUCUACGAAGGACGCCUUGCACUACGGUGUAUAAAGGCGUUGACUGGGCCGCUGGAAGUCCAGCUCGGUCUGCUCGCCGUUGCGCAGGCGCCCGAGGAAGCCCCGAAGCCUUGGGCAACCAUCCGCGCGGACCUGCUCCUGGAGGAUGACAACGGUUGUGAACUGGAGGAACAGCCUGUGCGCUUCGAGAUGCUUCACCAAGCUUUCCGGUCUCUGUCCGCCACGGUCCCUGGGCGCCGGCAAGAGGAGGCUGGUCUGCAGGACGGGGUCGAACUGGAAGAAGUCCCCGAAGAACAGGACCAUUGGGAUCCCGCCAAACGGGUGAUAACCCUCUCCGGAGCCAAUCAGAAGCAAGAGACAAUUACAUCGUUGACUCCGCUAUGGGGCCUACCUGCAGCCGGCAAGUUCCUCCAGGGUUCCUUUGGCGUGCCCGCGCGCAGCGGGCACGGUCACUCCUGUGCCUGGAGGAACUCCAGGUUCCUUAGGUCGGAAAUGCCAUGGCUUGCUCUAAGCGCACAGACCAAUUUCUUUCCUUUUGCCUGGAGGAACGUGCGAGGAACGAGUACUUCCGGAAGGUUCCUUUUGCCUGGAGGAACGUGCGAGGAACGAGUACUUCCGGAAGGUUCCUUUUGCCUGGAGGAACGUGCGAGGAACGAGUACUUCCGAAAGGUUCCUUUUGCCUGGAGGAACGUGCGAGGAACGAGUACUUCCGGAAGGUUCCUUUUGCCUGGAGGAACGUGCGAGGAACGAGUACUUCCGAAAGGUUCCUUUUGCCUGGAGGAACGUGCGAGGAACGAGUACUUCCGAAAGGUUCCUUUUGCCUGGAGGAACGUGCGAGGAACGAGUACUUCCGAAAGGUUCCUUUGCCUGGAGGAACGUGCGAGGAACGAGUACUUCCGAAAGGUUCCUUUUUCGAGAAAAACCAUGCUCCAAGCACGGACCAAUUCCGCCCCAUAA